UAUUAGAAUAACUUAUGGUAAUGACACUAUGGUAGUAAACACUAUAAUACAGUAGUACGGUUAAGCAAAUAUGUAACAAAGUACUUGUUUCCUCCAUUUUUUCUUUUUUUUUUUCUCUCGAUUACGUGACGCUAUUAGGUUGAAACAACGUGAUAGAAAUAUGUUGUAGCUGCUAUGGAUUUUCAUACUUAUACCGCGUGGCGAGUUGCCCCCGAACGAUAAUACGAGAUCGUUUACAUAAAAUUUGAUAGAUUAGUUGACCUAGUUUUGUGAAAAUCGCGCCAACUUUGGCCAAUCAUAGAACGGUACCCACACUUGCAACUCGUAAUGGAACUGAUGGAUGCGAUUACUUUAAAUUCCUUGUUUUCGCUAUGUUUAGAGUAUCGCGACAUUCUUUUUCUCGUAUGACAAAAUUAAACGAGAAUAUCGAAUGAAUCGUUAGUACGUGUAAUAUUAGAGUAGAGUUAGGAAAUAAAUGCACUUGAAAAAUUUUAAUAAGAUGGUAGGAUAGCUGCUAGCGUAGUUGCAACUAAUACAUGUUGCAAAUAAUAAAUAUUGGAACUUUAAAAAUUCCAUAAUUUUAAUGCUUGUUGUUAACAACGUAAUAUUUUUAUUCCAUUAUAAAUCGAUAACGUUAGAUAUGAUAUCAGAAUGAAAUGAGAGCUUCCCGAGCAACUAAAGUUUGACCACAGUCCAUAGACCUUUCGUUCAAGUAAAAUAUUUGAAAAUAUCUUAAAUAAGCAGCUAGUUAGGUUGUUCAUUUUACAAUUCGUGUAUAUUUGUUGCAUAACUGAUGAUAAAAAAUCAAGUAAAGAAAAAAACAUGAGUCAUUCGUUUCGCAAGUCAUUAAAUAUAUUCUCACUUCAAACAGUGUAAAGGUUAGAUUUCGGUAGUUGUGUAGUCUAUAUCGUUUUACACUUGUUUAAAAGCACGUGGAAUUCUUACGCCCUUACGAUCGAAUAAAAGUAUUCGAAAACAUGAAACAGGAAACGUUGAAAGGUUGGCGUAUUAUAUGGUGGUUAUUUAAAUUAUUUGGCUUUCCAAUAACUAUUCCAUGGUUGAUAUAUCACUUUUUUGACAUAAUGCAAACAAAACGAAGAAAAGCAACACUCAGUGGAAAGGUUGUAAUCAUCACUGGAGCCAGUUCAGGAUUAGGAGAAGCAUUAGCUCAUGUUUUUUACAACUGUGGUUGUAAAGUUAUUCUAAUUGCUAGAAGGAAGGCAGAAUUGGAAAGAGUAAAAAAUGUUUUAGUGAAUACUCAUCAUACGAUACCUACUCAUCCUCCUACAAUUUUACCAUUGGAUAUUACUGAUAUUAAUUCCCUACAAUCUGAAGUGAGAAAAAUAAUUGAGAUUUAUGGAAAAGUUGAUAUCUUGAUCAACAAUGCUGGUAUUUCUUAUAGAGGAGAAGUUGUUAAUACUAAUGUGGAUGUGGAUAUAAAAGUCAUGCUUACAAAUUAUUUUGCACAAAUCGCUUUAGCUAAAGCUGUACUUCCAUUUAUGGUGAAACUACAGUCUGGUCACAUAGUUUGCAUAAGUAGUGUGCAAGGCAAAAUUUCCAUUCCGUAUAGAUCUGCAUAUGCUGCAUCUAAACAUGCAUUAGAAGCAUGGUGUGAUAGUUGUAGAGCAGAAUUGGCUAACCAAAACAUAAAAGUUACCGUCAUAAGUCCAGGUUAUGUACGAACGGCUCUUUCUCUUAAUGCAUUAACAGGAAAUGGACAACUUUAUGGAGUUAUGGACAAAACGACAGAAGAAGGUUACUCUCCUGAAUAUGUGGCAGAUUGUACUUUGAAAGCAAUAUUAAAGGAGGAAAAAGAUGUAUUAAUAGCUCCAGUGACACCAAGACUUGCAGUAUAUUUACGAACUUUAUGUCCAUCGCUUUACUUCUGGAUAAUGCAGAAGCGAGCGCAAAAGUCAGAAAAAGAAGACUAAUUUCAUUGUGAUGUAGCGUUUAUAUAGAUUAUUCUUGUAUUAUAUUUUCUAUGUUCUAAUAUAAUUGUUAUUUCUACAAAGUA